GCUGCCAAGUUGGUCGAAUCAUUUGCGGGGCCUCUGAAGAUCACGCAGGUCGUGCUGACUUUAGUUGAAGGCUUGGAUUUGCAGAUGCUGCUGCGCAGUGCCGAUCCUGGCGUCCUGGCAGGUGCUCUGCUGCUUGGACUUGAGACUUCUUCGAUGUAUUGCGUGCUGGCUAGCAGUUUCGGGAUUCCCAUCAACCUGGUAAUCGAGGAGGUUACUUCAUGUAUCUUGAAGUACCUCAAGGAGGUGGUGCGACAGGUCAUCUCGCCACUUCAGUGCUCGGAAGCGGAGAGGAACAAGAAGGGUCCCAGUGAUGGCGGAG